GAAAAUACUCAUUAUAAAACUAAUGAAAAUAUUGAAAAAUCAGUAGCAGAAGACUUGCAUAAAUCAUAUUCAGCUAAUCAUUGGAAGGCUAUAAGAGAACUUUUUCAAAUACUAGGCUUUACCAAUAUAGACGAUAAGCAUAUCCUUUCUAACAAAGACUCAAUAGCAGAUUAUUAUUCAAAGAUAAAGAGAUGUAAUAAUAUUGUCAAUCUCUGUAAAAGUCAUCUUCAAUGUGUAUUCUUUGAUGAACUGACAACAGAGAAUAAAAAGCAUAUCGCAAAAUCUGGAUUUUAUCAUGUUUAUGAUCUUGAUAAAGUGGUAGAAAUGCUUAUUCGAGCUGAAAAGGAAAAUAUGUCUUAUUUUAUUACUGCAUUUAGUGAUUAUCUUAGAUAG